AUGUUGGCAAAAAAUGGCACUAUUUAUGGUCUGGUAGAAUCAACAUGUCAUCUACCACCAGAAAACUUCGUCACCCUAAGAUUAGCGAAGAAACAAAUCGGUUUGGCUUCUUGUACUAAAAAGUGGAAUAAAGGUAUUGUUACUAACGUAGCCCCAAAGAGAGAAGGGUUUCAUAUCAAACAAGAAGUUUUUUCUUUGAACGAGCACUCGAUCCGCCAUAAUGAAACUGCUCAAAUUUUAGCUGGUCUUAUUAAACCUCUCACUCAUGCUUGUCACUUAUUGUUUGAUAAAUUGGCCAUUUGUGCGCCGAGUUUAAGAUCAAAGGCGUUUGUUUCUCGAUCGUAUGUAAUUUAUAAGUUGUAUGAUGUAGAUGAGCAAGUAUUGAGCUGA